AUGUCCUCUGAUAAAAUUACUUUCUUAUUGAACUGGCAAGCUGCCCCAUAUCAUGUCCCAAUUUAUUUGGCUUCUUUGCAUGGUUACUUCAAAGAAGAGGGUAUUGACGUCGCAAUCUUGGAACCUAGUAACCCUUCAGAUGUCACUGAACUAAUUGGCUCUGGUAAGGUUGACAUGGGUCUUAAAGCAAUGAUUCAUACUUUGGCAGCAAAAGCCCGUGGCUAUAAUGUCACUUCUGUUGCAUCUUUGUUGGAUGAACCUUUCACUGGUGUUCUGUACCUAGAAGGUAAUGGUAUCACCACAGAUUUCAAAUCUCUAAAGGGAAAGAGAAUUGGUUAUGUCGGUGAAUUCGGUAAGAUACAAAUUGACGAGUUGACAAAGCAUUAUGGUAUGACUCCAUCUGACUAUGAAGCCGUCAGAUGUGGUAUGAAUGUUGCAAAAUAUAUCAUUGAAGGUAAAAUUGACGCUGGUGUCGGUAUUGAAUGUAUGCAACAAGUGGAAUUGGAAGAACAUUUAAAGAAACAAGGUAAAGAUCCAAAGUUAGCCAAGAUGUUGAGAAUUGAUGAGCUCGCUUGUUUGGGAUGUUGUUGUUUCUGUACUGUUCUUUACAUCUGUAAUGACAAAUUCUUGGCAGAGAACCCAGAGAAAGUUAGAAAGUUCUUGAACGCCAUCAAGAAGGCAACUACCUUGAUGAUUCAAGAUCCUGUUAAAGCUUGGAAAGACUACGUAGACUUCAAACCUCAAUUGAACAAUGAAUUGAGUUACAAGCAGUUCCAAAGAUGCUACGCCUACUUCUCUUCCUCUUUGUACAACGUUCAUCGUGACUGGAAAAAGGUGACUGCUUAUGGUAAGAGAUUAGAUAUUCUUCCUCCAGACUUUGUGUCCAACUACACAAAUGAAUAUUUGUCUUGGCCAGAACCAAAGGAGGUUGAUGAUCCAUUAGAAGCACAAAAGAUAAUUAAGGCGCAUCAAGAAUCAUGCAGAGACCAAGGCGGCUUUUUCAAAAGGGUAUCUAUCCCAUGA